AGAAACUUUGCCGAGCCGGGAGAGUUGAUGUGUAUUGCCAAGUGGGAGCGCGGAUCCUUUUCGCCUCUCUGAAAAGGCGCCGGUUUCGUUUUCCUCUCGCAGCGCAGCAAUAAGAAAAGGUCGAGUCGAGGCCUUUGUCUUCGUCAUGCUGGACUACGAGGACGCGGACUAUGGAAGCACCACGCCCGUUUACACCAUCGGCUCCGACUUUAUCGCUCAAUGGAAGUUGCAGAAGGAGAAGGAACGGCUGUGUCGAUUCGCCUACCAGAAGCUGCUGGCGACGACCGAGUGCGUCAGCGUGGACGACUCGUCGCCCAGCUGGCAGGCGAGCAUUGCUGACUUGGCGGCCAACGUGUCGGCCAACGACAGCCUGGGCGGCAACGUGACCGAGGCGCCGUCGACCGCCAAGGACCUGGCGGUGCUGCCGCCGUUCGAGCUGUGGCAGACCAUCUUGAUCGCCAUCUGCCUGUCCAUCUGCAUUCUGCUGACCGUCGGCGGCAACGUGCUGGUUUUGCUGGCGUUCAUCGUCGACCGCACCAUCCGCCAGCCGUCCAACUACUUCAUCGCCUCGCUGGCAGCCACCGACAUGCUCAUCGGCACCGUCUCCAUGCCCUUCUACACGGUGUACGUGUUGAUGGGCUACUGGGACCUGGGCCCGCUGCUGUGUGACCUCUGGCUCUCGGUGGACUACACCGUGUGCCUCGUCUCGCAGUACACCGUCUUGCUCAUCACCAUCGACCGCUUCUGCUCGGUCAAGAUCGCCGCCAAGUACCGCAGCUGGCGCACCAAGAACAAGGUCAUCUGGAUGGUGACCAUCACGUGGGUCAUCCCGGCGCUGCUCUUCUUCAUCAGCAUCUUCGGUUGGGAGCACUUCGUCGGCUACCGCGACCUCGCACCCGGCCAGUGCGCAGUGCAGUUCCUAAAGGACCCGGUCUUCAACACGGCCCUCAUCAUCGGCUACUACUGGACCACGCUGAUCGUACUCUUCAUCCUCUACGGCGGCAUCUACAAGACGGCCUACGACAUGCAGAAGAAAUCCGAGGCCAAACAGCGCAAGAUGCAGUCCAUGGUGGCGCUCGGCGUCGGCGCCCUCUCCGGCCUCGGCGGCAUGGGCGGCAUGGGUGGUCCACGGCCGGCCAUGAACAUCUCCAAGACUCAGAGCACCUUGCUCAGCCAGGACAAGCCCAAGCCGGUCACCGCCGGCGGCACGACGCCGGGACAGCCGCCCGGCGCCGGGCAGGGAGGCGGCGCCGGCCUCGCCCCGGCCGCCGCUGCCAACUCAGGCGACUCCACUUCCAGCCAAAAGACCUCCAAGGCCACCACCGAGACGACCAGCUUCUCGGCCGACAAGAGGCGGAAUAAUGACAACAACGGCGGGCAGGCCAACAACGGCGAGAACGAGAAGUCGGAGCGCUCCAGCAGUCCGGCCUUCGACUCGGACGACGACGACAGCGGUGGCGACGCGCCCAAGAAGCGUCCGUCGGUGUGUCCCUCGAUCGCGGCUCUCUUCCAGAGCAUCGCGCCCAGCAACGGCGCCCCACCGAAAUUCGACUCGCUGCUGGCGCCGCCGUCUGCCGCCACGCACCACUCGAUGAUGGCGUCGCCACCGUCGAAGAGUCCGACGCCACCGCCGCCCCAGUCGGUGACACCCCCCACUCCGCAGCCUCCACCGGUGCCGCCGCGCAAUCCGCCGCCGCCGUCUCAGGCACAGACUGACAAGAGCGGCGCCGACUCCGAGGACAACUCGUGCGCGUCGACGGUGCCGCCCAGCUACGAUGCCAUCACCGGCCUCGACAACGCUGACCUGCGCUACAUGGACGAGAGCUCGGUGUCGGUGGCGACGCCGCGCGUCGAGUCGCCGCAGACGUGCUCGCAGAUGACCGACUCCUCGCCGGCGCACACGUCACUGCUGCAGACGGCGCUGAUCCGGGCCGCCUCGGCGCAGUCGGACACCAAGCCCAAGGUGGACACGACCGUCGUGGCGCAGGCCGACAACAAGCCACCGGUGACGGUGGCGGCGGCCAAGCAGCCGGACCUGCCGCAGCCGUCGCCGCCCUCGGCCGCCAAGGCGGAGAACCUCAUCGAGCCGGCGCCGCUGGGCAAGUCUCGCGGCACUGACGCCGCGGCCCCAGGCCGCGGUGGCGGCGGCUCCACCCGACGCGACCUGGUCAAGUCGAUCGGCAAGCGGCUGCGCGGCAAGCGGCGCAGAAAAGGCGCCGAGCGGCAAAAGUCCAAGUCGGAGAACCGCGCGCGCAAGGCGUUCCGCACCAUCUCCUUCAUCCUGGGCUGCUUCGUCAUGUGCUGGACGCCGUACCACAUCCUGGCGCUGGUCGAGGGCUUCUGCUCGGAGCCACCGUGCACCAACGCGCACCUCUACAUGUUCUCCUACUUCCUGUGCUACGCCAACAGCCCGAUGAACCCGUUCUGCUACGCACUCGCCAACCAGCAGUUCAAGAAGACGUUCACGCGCCUGCUCAAGGGCGACUUCCACAUGACUUAGAUAUUUUUCUAACUGUCCACCCGCCGCUGAAAUAAUUUACCGCUACUAAAAUAAUUAUAAUAUAUGCAUAUGAAAAUAAAAAAUAUCCCCCACUCGAAGACGCAGACGAGACGGAACAAGUGCGCGUAGGACCCCCGCGCCGGCCAAUUUGAGCCCUUGGCCGGCGCCGCACGUCCUACCCCCACCCUCCCGACGACCCUGAAGAUCCCGAAAAGCCCAAAAGAGAGACAAUCGAGAGCGACUUCUAACUGUCGGCGCUCAGUCGGCGUCGCGUUAGGACUGCAGGCAAAUCACAUAGCCCAGUGAGCGAGUGCGAGCGAGCGCAAAUAACAUGUGAUAUACAUUGAUAAUAAUAGAUGGCGAUGUAAUCAUCUGUAUAUUGUACACGAUAUAUAAGAUUUCAAGAGUAUCAUAAGAGAAGAUUCGUAAUAACUACCGCGUAAGGCUUUUUAUCGUAAACGAAAUAAACACACACUCACACACACACACACAUUCUAUAUUAUGAAUAACGCUAAACUACGUGCUUCUUCACGGAGACGCGUCCCGCGCCAAGACGCCCGCUGGAAAUUAUUUUGUACCAGAUCGGACUCUCGGGCUCUGCGUGGACGCAGACCUGUUACCUGAGCUUCUACGUCAUUCGUUCGGGCCGCGGGGAGCAGGGGUCGCGCGCCGGUGCCCCUCCUAGUCGUGUCCUGUUUGCGUUGAUGUUGACUGUUUGAUCGGUGCCGACUCCUCUGCUGAAGAAAACGGGCCGACGCGAGCACUCACCGGAGUACGCAAGACCCUCGGGUGAGCAGCCGCGUCGGACCGACUCUCACACCCUCCGCACCAGACCCCUGCUGUCCGCGGCCCACUUUGUUCAUCGAGAUUUUAACACGUGAGGGCCCCGAGCCGACAAGCGACGGCCGCGAGCGGCCGCCGCUUCUCCGCGACGGGCGUUUUGUCGGAGAAGUGAGAACAGGAGUAAUACUGUCAAUUGGACGAAAACCUGGUGUAUCAAACCGCUUGUGAGAGGAAAACGGAAAUCUGUACUUUUUUACAGUCGAGAGCGCCAUUAUCGGUUCCUUCGUUAAAUCGCGUGUAGGCGUAGAAACUUUUUUAUUAAUUUUAGGACAAUAAUGAUGAUUCCUAAAAUUACGCAAAAAGAAUUCCCGUUUUCCUCUUGGAAACCGCACACUUUUACCCAUAUUGUAUAAUGAGAGAAGAGAAAAUAAUAGUAAAAUACUAUGUACUAUUACAUGCUGAGCGCCUCUCUUGUGCUAGAGGCAAUUUACUACUAACUCCAUACUGUUUGUGCCGCGAAAUCUCGAAAUCUGCAGCAGCAGUUGUUCAAGUCACGUCAAAACGCGCAUUUAAAAAGAGAGAAAUCACUACAUAAGAAAAAAAAUACAUAUUGUAUAAGCUUAUACAUACUACCAAGCGGAAAAAGAAAGAUCUCUCCCCCUUACGAGUACAUUCUCAUUAUUGUAUAAUUAGCUGGUACGACGCACGUUGCUUUUUUACGCGUUCUUUAUCGAUUUGGUUUCGAUUACGCAACUUUGGCUAUGGAGCUUUAAAGACGUAUAUAAAGAGAAGAUAAAUAAAUUGGUAACUUAAUUACCUCUCAACCCCCCUCCCCUCCCGCCCAUUAAAAGUGUUGAAAAAGAAAACUACUCACUCACAGUGUGUAUGGACGUGUACGCUUGCGGCGGCGACAUAUAAAGUUAUUUAAAUGAUUCGCGCAAAAGCAGAGUACUGCAUGUCAGUCUCCGGUUGUUGCUUGUUUGCUGUUCUAGUCGUUAGGGAAAGCUGAAUAUGAUGUGUUGUUACAAAAAGCCCUGUUUUUUCCGAGUGUACGACAAUAUUCAUCUCACAAACACAACAAUAAUAAUAAAUGGAUGCAAACCCGUCAAUCGGCCCCCGCGGAGGUCGGGGCCGGCGCGCAAUUAAUUUGAGCAAUUGGCGCGCGCUUUUGUUUCGGGUGUGCGGCGCGCGUCAGCCCUUUUGUUCUCGACGAUAAGCAGCUUUUGGAACAAUAAAACAGCAUUGAACACACACACUCUCACACACA